UCAUUACUUCGAGUGGGAGUUGAGGCUCACGAGACGGUGUGUUCUCAGUUUAUUCAUGUGCUUAGGUAUUUCGAUAUUUGUUUAAGUUUAAUUUUGGCAGGGAUAUCUACACUUUGUUUAGUUAGCGAUUGAAUUUAAAAUAUCAUUCUGAAAUAUCACUGUUGGUGGAGAAAAUGAGUGUUGAGGCGUACGGGCCGAGCUCGCAGACUCUCACGUUCCUGGACACUGAGGAAGCGGAGUUGCUUGGAGCAGAUACCCAGGGUUCGGAGUAUGAGUUCACGGAUUUUACCCUGCCGAGCCAGACUCAAACAGGCCAAACGCAGAGUCAGUUGGAAAAUCAGGUGAAUGGGCCUGAUGGAGUACAGCAGAAUGGGGAUGACCCUGUUGUGAAAGCAAGUCAACUUCUUGCAGAGUUGAACUUUGAAGAAGACGAGGAAGACAGCUAUUAUACUAAAGACCUCCCAGUCCAUGCAUGCAGUUACUGUGGCAUUCACGAUCCUGCUUGUGUGGUGUAUUGCAACACCAGCAAGAAGUGGUUUUGCAAUGGACGUGGCAAUACAUCUGGCAGCCACAUUGUGAACCACCUGGUUAGAGCCAAGUCCAAGGAGGUGACUCUGCACAAGGAUGGUCCUUUGGGGGAGACGGUGCUGGAGUGCUACAACUGUGGCUGUCGCAACGUCUUCCUUCUGGGGUUCAUCCCUGCCAAGGCAGACUCUGUGGUGGUACUGCUUUGCAGGCAGCCAUGUGCCAGUCAGAGCAGUCUGAAAGACAUCAACUGGGACAGCUCCCAGUGGCAGCCGCUGAUCCAGGACCGCUGCUUCCUGUCCUGGCUGGUUAAGAUCCCCUCUGAGCAGGAGCAGCUGCGGGCCCGCCAGAUCACCGCCCAGCAGAUAAACAAGCUUGAGGAGCUCUGGAAGGAAAACCCCACAGCCACUCUGGAGGACCUGGAGAAGCCCGGCGUGGACGAGGAGCCUCAACACGUGUUGCUGCGCUACGAGGAUGCCUACCAGUACCAGAACAUCUUUGGCCCCCUGGUCAAACUGGAGGCUGACUACGAUAAGAAACUCAAAGAGUCCCAGACCCAAGACAAUAUUACUGUCAGGUGGGACUUGGGACUCAAUAAAAAGCGGAUUGCUUAUUUCAGCCUUCCCAAGACGGACUCAGGUGACAUGCGCCUGAUGCAGGGAGAUGAGAUUUGCCUGAGGUACAAGGGAGACCUUGCCCCACUCUGGAAAGGCAUUGGACAUGUCAUCAAAGUCCCAGACAACUAUGGCGAUGAGAUAGCCAUUGAGCUGAGGAGCAGUGCUGGGGCCCCCGUGGAAGUACCACACAACUUCCAGGUUGACUUUGUGUGGAAGUCCACCUCCUUUGACCGGAUGCAAAGUGCCCUGAAGACCUUUGCCGUGGACGAGACCUCUGUGUCCGGGUACAUCUACCACAAGCUGCUGGGUCACGAGGUGGAGGAUGUGGUCAUCAAGUGUCAGCUGCCCAAACGCUUCACCGCCCAGGGCCUGCCUGACCUCAACCACUCACAGGUAUAUGCUGUGAAGACUGUGCUGCAGCGUCCUCUCAGUCUCAUCCAGGGGCCCCCUGGCACGGGGAAAACUGUCACCUCUGCCACGGUAGUGUACCACCUGGCCAGACAGGGCAACGGGCCUGUGCUGGUGUGUGCUCCCAGUAACAUUGCGGUGGACCAGCUGACUGAGAAGAUCCACAUGUCAGGUCUGAAGGUGGUGAGGCUGUCUGCCAAGAGCAGAGAGGCCAUCGACUCCCCUGUGUCCUUCCUGGCUCUGCACAACCAGAUCCGCAACAUGGACAGUAUACCAGAGCUUCAGAAGCUCCAGCAGCUGAAGGACGAGACUGGGGAGCUGUCCUCCUCGGACGAGAAGCGAUACAGGGCCCUGAAGCGCACCGCCGAGAGGGAACUACUUAUGAAUGCUGAUGUGAUCUGCUGUACCUGUGUGGGGGCAGGAGACCCCCGCCUGGCCAAGAUGCAGUUCCGCUCCAUCCUCAUUGAUGAGAGCACCCAGGCCACUGAGCCAGAGUGUAUGGUGCCUGUCAUACUGGGGGCCAAGCAGCUGAUCCUGGUGGGAGACCACUGCCAGCUGGGUCCAGUAGUGAUGUGUAAGAAGGCUGCCAAGGCGGGCCUGUCCCAGUCCCUGUUUGAGCGUCUUGUGGUGCUGGGCAUCAGGCCCAUCCGUCUGCAGGUGCAGUACCGUAUGCACCCGGCCCUCAGCGCUUUCCCCUCCAACAUCUUCUACGAGGGCUCCCUGCAGAACGGAGUCACCGCAGCUGACCGCAUCAAGAAAGGCUUUGACUUCCAGUGGCCACAACCAGACAAGCCCAUGUUCUUCUAUGUGACCCUGGGCCAGGAAGAAAUUGCAAGCUCUGGAACCUCCUAUCUUAACAGAACUGAGGCUUCCAACGUGGAGAAGAUCACCACCAGGCUGCUAAAGGCUGGUGCCAAGCCUGACCAGAUAGGCAUCAUCACCCCCUACGAGGGCCAGAGGUCCUACCUGGUGCAGUACAUGCAGUUCAGUGGCUCCCUCCACACCAAGCUCUACCAGGAGGUGGAGAUAGCCAGCGUUGAUGCGUUCCAGGGCAGAGAGAAGGACUUCAUCAUCCUGUCCUGUGUCAGAGCCAACGAGCACCAGGGCAUUGGCUUCCUCAACGACCCACGCCGUCUCAACGUGGCUCUCACCAGGGCCAGGUAUGGGGUUAUCAUCGUGGGCAACCCCAAGGCCCUGUCCAAGCAGCCUCUGUGGAACCACCUGCUCAACUACUAUAAGGAGCAGAAGGUUCUGGUGGAGGGACCACUCAACAACCUGAGGGAGAGCCUCAUGCAGUUCAGCAAGCCCCGCAAACUGGUCAACGCCAUCAACCCUGGGGGCCGUUUCAUGAGCACAGCCAUGUAUGAUGCAAGGGAGGCUCUUAUUCCUGGAUCUGUGUAUGACCGCAGCAGCACUGGACGUUCAUCCAACAUGUACUUCCAGACCCACGACCAGAUCGGCAUGAUUGGUCCGGGCCCCAUGGCCUCCAUGAACAUUCCCUUCAACCUGGUCAUGCCCCCCAUGCCGCCGCCAGGCUACCUGGGCCAGGUCCACUGCCCGCCAGCAGGCCGUGGUGGAGGUAUGAAGGGUAAGGCGGGCGGCGGAGGGGUGCGAGGUGGGCGCCAGCGGAGCCGUGGCAUGGGGAACCACGGCGGAGGCAGCGGGCAGCACGGCCUCAUGAGUGGCAGCCAGGCCAGCCAGGACCUGGGCUCCCAGCCCUUCUCCCAGGGACCCCUCACACAGGGCUACAUCACCAUGAGCCAGCCUUCCCAGAUGAGCCAGCCUGGCCUCUCCCAGCCUGAGCUCUCUCAGGACAGCUACCUUGGCGAUGAGUUCAAGUCCCAGAUUGACGUGGCCCUCUCCCAAGACUCCACCUACCAAGGGGAAAGAGCUUAUCAACAUGGUGUGACUGGACUGUCCCAGUACUAGAGUGUUGUGGGAAAAGGAGCUAGGCCUGUGCUGAGCUUAGUUCGUCGCCAUUUUAAUCUGGGUAAUAUCAAAAAAAGAACAUAUGGAUACCCGUUUUCCACUGCUACAACUGAAGCACCACUGUGUGAAAGCAACAGGAGAGAGACCGAGAGAAACCAACCAAUCACAAGAGUGAGAGCAAAAUGGGGGUAGAGCUGGACAAGACAAGAGCGAGGAGGAGGGAGAGAGAGAAGGCGCUGCUCGCACACGGAGAAAAGGAGAAGCAGCAUACGUUGGGGUAGCAGCGUCGGAGCGACAAGCCUUUUGAUGAUGAGUCGAGGGGUGAAAGGUCAUGGAUCCUCAAUGGGGUCACAGGAGUCACAUCCCUGCCACCUCUUCUCCCCCAGGGACCACAAGUUAGUUGGCUGAGGACAUUGUUCUCGGAGCAGAGAGACUGAGAAGAGUUCUCACAUAACCCUCCAACCUCACUCUACAAAACCGUCUCCUGCCAGCUAGAGGGGAAAAGGGGACGAAACUCUUGAAGCAGUCAGUCGAUUUGGGAAAAUUUUUAACCUCAAAGUUGAUCCGUGCUCAUGCUCUGCAUUUGAACAUGUUUGAGCGAGAGGCGAGAGGUUUUGGGCAGACCAAGAAUGGUCUUGUUGAACGUCUCAAACGGAAUCAAAUGGUGCAGGAGUCGGGAGAAUACUGACCAUUUAUCUUUUUCAACUUUGAGUUGGAAAGUUUUCUACAUGAGAUCUGUUGUUGCAGAGGUUUUGAAAGCUGGUGAAUUUCACUGGCUUUCCACUCUGGUCUUUCUGAAGGAUAAGUGGUGGAAUGGCUCUUGAAACAAGUAAAGGAAACAUUAUUGUCUCGAGAUCUGAAGUGGUGGACUUGAAAGAUCUGUAGUUUGCGAGACAGGUUUUUGUUUUUUUCUUAAGUCUAUCUGUAGUACAAAAAGGAGAGUAAAAAGAAUACCAUAACCAACUUAUUGUAAUCGAAAAAGCAGUCAUCACUUGCUCUUUUAAAAUGACCUCCAAAUUAUUACUUUAAAAUUAGUCACAGCUUCACAGACAUGAAAUGCCACAAAGAAAGCACUUGUAGAAUGCACAUAUCAUUUGCAUGGCUACAUGGCUAAUUCGUUAAUCCACAUUAAGCAGAGAAGUUAUCCCUAGAGACCCAAGUUUAAACAUGAAAUUAUGUAUUAAAUCAUGUUUUACUUUGUUGUUCAACAACUCAUAAGAGGUGUUGCAAGGGAACAAGAAUUUAUGUUCAGAGAGGUUAUAGUAAUGAAGUGUGUGAAUACUACUGGGAUAAGACUCCGCAGUAUGCACAAGUGGAAGUCUGGACCUGACUACUGAGGAAGGUUAGAAGCCUCAGGCAACUGCUAAUUGUAGGUAUUCAGUACUGGCUGUCAUUGGCCCAUGUGAAAAUGAUAACUGAAUGAAGGUUAUGAACUCACUUAAAAAUAUAAAUACAUAAUUUCUGACCAUACCUUGAUGAGUUUGUUGACCGAAGGGAGGCAUUUCUGUCAGUAUGUGGCAGAGGAUGAGAAUAAAUAUUUGUAUAUUGGUGUUGUAGACACAGUAGGUACUUUUAUAUUUAGUGCCCAUGAAAGGUUAUGGUGUAGAUUUGUGUAGCCCCCACCACAGAUCUAGUCUCAAACCUGACUCUAGGCAAACCAGUGGGUGCGUUCCUUUUCUGAUGCAGGCCAGAUCGUUAUAGAUAUAGAUAUAUAUAUAGAUAUAGAUAGAUAUAUAGAUAUAUAGAUAGCAAUCUGGUCCCAGACGACAUAGUCGAGGACGUGCCAUGCAACCAAUGGUUGAUGCAUGCAAUGUCUGAGCAGGGGAACAUGACUAGGGUCUGGUUUCAAUGCUCGUGUUCCCCUGGUCAGACAUUGCACGCAUCAAUCAGUGGUUGCGUGCCCUGUCAUCAACUAUGUCAUUAACUGACAGAUUGCUAUAACAUAUGUGGUUAGCUGAUACUUUAAAUGCCAUCAACGCCUGGGCACAGGAACGCCCCCAAUGAUGGACUCUUUUAGCAUAGAGGAACUGUCACUACCAACACUAUAUUUCCAGCAGUAUGUGGACACCGAUUCAAAUGAGUGGAUUCGGCUAUUUCAGACCCAUCUGUUACUGAUGGGUAUAUACAAGCGAGUACACAGCCAUGCAAUGUCCAUAGACAAACAUUGACAAUAGAAUGACCUUACUGAAAUGCUAAGUGACUUUCAAUGUGGCACUGUCAUAGGAUGCCACCUUUCCAACAAGUCAGUUUGUCAAAUUCCUGCCCUGCUAGAGCUUCCCCAGUCAAUUGUAAAUGCUGUUAUUGUGAAGUGGAAAAGUCUAGGAGCAACAACGGCUCAGCCGCAAAGUGGUAGGCCACACAAGCUCAAAGAACGGGACUGCUGAGUGCUGAAGGGCGUAGCUUGUAAAAUUAGUCUGUCCUCGGUUGCAACACAUAGUUCCAAACUACCCCUGGAAGCAACAUCAGCACAAGAACUGUUCGUCGGGAGCUUAAUGAAAUGAGUUCCAUGGCCGAGCAACCGCUCACAAGCCUAAGAUCACCAUGUGCAAUGCCAAGCAUUGGCUGGAGUGGUGUAAAGCUCGCCGUCAUUGGACUCUGGAAUGAUGAAUCACGCUUCACCAUCUGGCAGUCCGACGGAAGAAUCUGGGUUUGGCGAAUGCCAGGAGAAAGCUACCUGCCCCAAUGCAUAGUGCCAACUGUAAAGUUUGGUAGAGGAAAAAUAAUGGUUGGGCUGUUUUUCAUGGUUUCGACUAGGCCCCUUCGUUCCAGUGAAGGGAAAUCUUAAUGUUAUGACAUUCUAGAUGAUUCUGGACUUCCAACUUCAUGGCAACGGCAUGACAAUUCCCCCGUGCACAAAGCGAGGUCCAUUCAGAAAUAGUUUGUCGAUCAGUGUGGAAGAACUUGACUGGCCUGCACAGAGGCCUGACCUCAACCCCAUCGAACACCUUUGGGAUGGAUUGGAACGCCAACUGCGAGCCAGGCCUAAACGCCCAACAUCAGUGCCGGGCCUCACUAUGCUGUUGUGGCUGAAUGGAAGCAAGACCUCGCCCGCAGUAAUGUUCCAAGGAAACCUUUCCAGAAGAGAGGAGGCGGUUAUAGCAGCAAAGGGGGGGACCAACUCCAUAUUAAUGCCCAUGAUUUUUGGAAUGAUGAGCAGGUGUCCACAUACAUUUGGUAAUGUAGUGUAAGGGGGAAAUAUUUUCCAGGGACUCCCAACAAACAACGAGGCAGACAUGCCAGAACGUUGCGAUUCUAAACUAAAGUUUGUAGGCAAAACUUUUGCAGGGGUUUUAUUGAAGGUAGUUUAUGCAAACUAGCCACUUGCUAAAUGCACUCAUUAAAAAUAACUUCUGUGAUCUCUAGCUACUUUUUUGUAUUUUAUUUAAGCGGAUAAAGUAUUGACGUUGUUCCAUUAUGCCAAGAGUCCAUACUUUAAACCAGACCCUAGUCACUGUGUUGCCUAGGGUUGUGUUUUCAAGCCUACCACACACCCCCACCCAGCCCGUUGGAGAAGAAAAAAUGUAUUUGGUAGAUUGCGAGAAUCCUUUUUUCCGGUUGAAGUUGAAAUUUUACUUUCCCCUUUUGAAUGUCCUUUUAAUUUUCUAACUACCAAUACAUAAAUCUUCAAACAUGUAGUAGACCUACCCUGUCACACGGAGAAUCAUUGAUGCACAGGGCCUUCAGAAGGUAUUCACACCUCUCAUUCCAUUUUGUUGUAUUUCUAUUGUAUUUAUUUAGGAUCCCCAUCAGUUCCUGCCAAGGGAGAGGCUAUUCUUCGUGGGGUCCAGAAACAUUAAGGCAGUAAUAUACAAUUUAAAAUAGUACAUAAUACUUUUCACAACACAUUAAGUGUGUGCCCUCAGGCCGCUACUCUACCAUAUAUCUACAAUACAACAUCCAUGUGUACAGUCCCCACUGUUCCAUAAGGUGUAUUUUUCUGUUUUUUAAUAUCUGAUUCUACCGCUUGCAUCAGUUACCUGAUGUGGAAUAGAGUUCCAUGUAGUCAUGGCUCUAUGUAGUACUGUGGAAUAGAGUUCCAUGUAGUCAUGGCUCUAUGUAGUACUGUGGAAUAGAGUUCCAUGUAGUCAUGGCUCUAUGUAGUACUGUGGAAUAGAGUUCCAUGUAGUCAUGGCUCUAUGUAGUACUGUGGAAUAGAGUUCCAUGUAGUCAUGGCUCUAUGUAGUACUGUUGUGGUCUGUUCUGGAUUUUGGGAUUGUGAAGAGACAUCUGGUUGCAUGUCUUGUGGGAUAUGCAUGGGUGUGCAUUCAGCAUGUCAAUACUUCUUACAAAAACAAAUAUUGAUUUAGUCAAUCUUUCCAACUGCAUGAGAGAUAGACAUGCAUAUUAUUGUUAGCUCUCUGUGUACAUUUAAGGGCCACCCAUGCUGCGCUGUUUUGAGACAAUUGUAAAUCCUUCUUUGUGGCAGCUGACCACACGACUUGACAGUAGUCCAGGUGAGACACAACUAGGGUCUGUAGGACCUGCCUUGUUGAUAGUUAAGAAGACAGACCUCUCCCCAUCUUAGGUACCAUUGCAUCAACGUGUUUUGACCAUGACAGUUUACCGUCCAGGGUUACUCCAAGCAGUUUAGUCUCCUCAACUUGCUAAAAUUCCACAUUAUUCAUUACAAGAUUUAGUUGAUGUUUAGUGUCCCAAAUACAAUGUUUUUAGUUUUAGAAAUAUUUAGGACUAUCUUGAAUUGUACAAUAUUUGUACAUUUAAAAUUCUCAACCUCUAGCAAUGAUCAACAACCAACUUGACAGACAGCCAUUUUCAAGUCUUGCCAUAGAUUGUUAAGCUGAAGUCAAACAUUCAAUGUAAUCUUGGUAAGCAAACCCCCGUGUAUAUUUGGCCUUGUAUUUUAGGUUAUUGUCCUGCUGAAAGGUGAAUUAGACUCCCAGUGUCUGGUGUAAAGAAGACUGAUCCAGGUUUUCCUCUUUGAUUUUGCAUGUUCUUAACUAUAUUGUAAAUUAUCCCCCCAAAAACUUCCCUAAUCUUUGCUGAUGACAAGCAUACCCAUAACAUAAUGCAGCCACCACCAUGCUUGAACAUAUGGAGAGUGGUACUCAGUAAUGUGUUGUAUUGGAUUUGCCCCAAACACAACGCUUUGUAUUUGGGACAAAGUUAAUUUCUUUAACACUUUUUUUUAACACACUUUGGUGCCUUAUUGCAAACAGGAAGCAUGUUUUGUGAUUUUUAAUUCUGUACAGGUAAAAAAAAAAAUCACUGUCAUUUAGGUUAGUAUUGUGUGUAACUACAAUGUUGAACUGAGGAUGGAUUUCACAGCCAUUAAACUCUUAACUGUUUUAAAGUCACCAUUGGUCUCACGUUGAAAUCCCUGAAUGGUUUCCUUCCUCUCCGGCAUCUGAGUUCGGAAGGUCGCCUGCAUCUUUGUAGUGACUGGGUGUAUUGAUACACCAUCCAAAGCGUGUAAUUAUUAACUUCACCAUGCUCAAAUGGAUAUUCUAUUUCUACUUAUUACAUUUUUUGACCCAUCUACCAAUAGUUGCCCUUUGCGAGGCAUUGGAAAACCUCCCCUGAUCUUUAUGGUUGAAUCGGCGCUUGAAAUUCACUGCUCGACUGAGAGCCCUUACAAUGACCUGUAUGUGUGGGGUACAGAGAUGAUAAACACUAUUAUUGCACACAAAGAUUUUUACUCCUGAACUUAUUUAGUCUUGCCAUAAAAAAAGGGUUGAAUACUUAUUUACUGAAGAUAUUUCAGCUUUUCAUUUUUUAUUAUUUUUUUAUUUAAAAAAAAUGAAAAGUAAAUCCACUUUGACAUUAUGGGGAAUUGUAUGUAGGCCAGUGGCACAAUCUCAAUUUUAAUAUAUUUUCGAUUCAGGCUCUAACACAACAAAAUGUGGAAAAAGGCAAGCAGUGUGAUUACUUUCUGAAGGCACUGUAAUUUAUAUCAUUGAUGGUAAAAUUUCUCACGUGUAAAGUAGUAUUUUGUGAUAAUCCUACUUGUCACUUCCCUGCUGUGUUGAGGUCUGAAAUCUUUCGUUCUGUAAUUCUGAAUUGUAUGUAACCAUCACUCAUGAUUCAUUACGGUACUCUCCAUUCCAUGUGUGAUAGUGUCAUCUGACAAGUUUUGUCAUUUUGCUGAGUCGUGUUAGGCUAUGAUUUUCAGAAGUCAUUGUCAUAUGCUAAUGUGGUUAAACAUUUUCUGUUAUGAACACCUGUGGAAAGACAUUUUAAGAUGUUACCCAUUUCUGACUAAAUGUGUUUGUACCUAUCCAUAUCUUCUAGACAUUAACCACAUCCCUCCAAAUACAUUUUGAAAAUGUGUUAUUUCUGACAGCGUUCCCUAUUUGACAACCUGUGCAUGUGCUGUUCAAUAGUACACCUCAAUUAUCAGGUUUCAUCACUAAACAUUCAUGUAUCUUUAUGAAAUUAGCCUGUUGUUUCAAAGGGGCAACUCCUGAAGAGAAAAUAAACUGCUGCUGCAAUACAACUAAAUGGUUAGGGUAUGAAAUGAGUUCAAGUAGAUUACAUAUUGGUCCACUACAAAUGGUAACUGAUCUUUGCUCAUCUUCAAAUACCGUUCAAACAAAACACCACUCUUGAGUGUCUCAUGGGUUACAGGGAUUUUUGAAUGCCAAGAAACUUCAAUUAGGACACAAAAUAGUCUAGAUGUGUCCUCUUUCUCCCCCCAUAGCUGGUGUCAUCCUAGUAUCAUUUAUUUUCAUUAUUUGCUUCUGCAGGGUUUUACUUUGGAGUGAAGUGAUGUUUCUUUCUUCUUGGAAAUUGCUUGAUUAUGAUUAUCUAGUUAUUUGGUCAUCUGUUAUUCUCUCACUGAAAUGUCAUCCUUGUAACAUCUGAAAAAAAUAAAGGUUUCUUUUCACUCAU